CACGCAAAGCUUUGUAAUAGCUUUCGGUUUUGUUCCUCUGGAUAUCUUCUUAAAUCAGCAUUCCCGUUGUAUUUCAGUACAAGCCAUUCAAGGUAGGCAACUGAUAUUUCUAUUUAUUAUUAAGUCCCGAAACUUGAACUUGAGGCCCUAGUCUUAUCUUGGGUUUUGUAGACCGUUUCACCAUCUUGGCUGGGGGGCAAACACGGCUAGUGCAGUGAAUGUAUGAGAUUUUGGCUCACUUGGAACCUCCAUAACGCCGCUACAAAGAGGCGGAUUUCCAGCAUUUGCCUCUCCUUUACACAGUUUUAUUGAUAUCAUUCAUUCAACAGAAAAUAAGGCUAUUUAUAAACAAUUAUAAAUCUUCUCAUGUGGCUUAAAUUUUCAUGGUAAUUUGCAUAAUGUUGAUUACAAGGGUUUGUAUGAAAUCUUAAAGGUACUAGAUCUGCUAUAAACCCUUCCAUUUAAAAAAGUUAUUUCUCAAAUGAUUAAGAAUUUAGCAAAAAAAAUUACACAGGCCUAUCAAGCGAGAGUUUAACUUUCAGAAAAUUGAUAUCCGAGGUGUCAAUUUUCACACCAAAGGUGUUAUUUCCGAUUUGUAUCGCAGGCUCAAAACUUCAGUAAUUUCGUAUUUCUGGCUUUCUCUCGAUAGCUAGGAAUAUAAAAAAAACUUGAACUGAGUUAUACUUAGUUUGUUCAUUUACCUUUAAAUUCCAAAAUAUUCCGGGAAUUGCUGGAAAUCAACAGAUUUUUCCUUUACAUUAUGUGAAUAAACCUGACAAGUUUCAUCGCGGUAUCGUAAAUCCUCAUCUUUUUACAUCUUUUGUCUUCAGUGAGGUCCAACACAGCCGCAAAAUUGCCCCUAAUUCACCCUUAAUUUUCGUCGCGCUGCACUGUUUUCUCCGUCGCCAUCUUGAAUUCUUACGAGUAAACCGCUGUUGUUGAUGUUUGUUGUGACCCUGCCCCUUUUGUAGCACGGAAAGUGGCGAGAAAAUAUUAGGAAAAUCUUCGUUUGAGCUCGUUGCGUGAUGUGUGUGUUUUAGCCUCAGCAACGUGCUAAUUUGCAUAACAGAUCAUUAAAUUGGGACCUUAUCUGUCUUACAAAGAUCAUAUAUGUGAUGUGACUCCAGAACGCUUUUUACUGCCACAGGAAUGAUUUAGAAAUAUCAAAACAAUUGUACUUAAUUUGGGGAAGCAGAAUGUAAGCAAAUUGUGCUAUAAUUUGCCCUGGCUUACUUGAAACUCAUAAUGCGUUAUUGCAUUUGAAAAUUGCAACAUUUCUGUGAACAACGGAAAGAAGCGCAUUGGAUUUCAGCCCUGUGAUUAUAAAUAUUUCCAAAAAAGUGCUCUUAGAUAACAAACUUUGGCCUUCGUUUUCUCGUUUUCUCGGGGGUACUUCCUAGUACCGCUGGAUGGAGUCACAUUUUCAUGACUGGAUUCAUUGACUAUAAUUGGGGCUACAUUUUUAAUAGAGUUACUAGAAUGGGUUUGCACAGUUUUGGAAUUUGGGCGGUAAGAAUAUUUUGGUAAUCAGGGAUUUAAAAAUGGAAGAGUUUUACUACAUUAAGUUUAACAAAUAUGCAUGUUAAUUCAUUUCAGAAUCACCAAGUAAACCCCCCCCCCCCAGAUGGUCUUUCAGUCAGAUCAAAAAUCUGUUUUAAGCAUUAAUUAUACAUCAAUGCUUCAAUUUUAUUAAUUAUAGAAAUAAUAUCUAUUUGCAGACUAAUAACAUGUAUUUAAAAGUUUAAAACAUCCUUUCAAACAGAUUAAUGUUGGCUUGUUAACUAGAAGCAUCCAUUCCAAGAAUUGCGACUUUUGAAAACUUUUUGCAAAGUUUGAGGUUAAGUGUACAAUACAAAUCCUCAACACAUAAUUAUAUUUGCAAACCUCAGCGAAUUGACUGUAAGUACAGCUAAAUGAAUAAAACUUUUAAACAUGGAAAAAAGACUGAUAGGAACUUGUUAAAGAAAGAUAAUUAUAAAUUGGGUAAAUGAUGCAAUGUUUUGUAAGUCAUCAAGCAUUGUUGGUUUUGUUGGUGAAAUUUGAUCCAUGUGAACUAUUUUGAUUUGGAGACAAUUCUAUUAUUUUAAUAAACAAUGUGAUUUCUAGCUCUUCAUCAAGCCUUAAUUUAGUAAUUAGAAAAGAAGAUGUGAUUCUUGAAAAUAACGCAUUUCCUUGAGUUGCUUCCACUGUAUACAUUAAUGGAAAACAUCUUAAAAUCAUCAUGACUCUUACCCAUAAUUUUAAUUAUUUUUAUUUGCCACAACAUGAUACGCUUAAAACAUGUUUGAUUACUGUGAGUUUUGCAUGACCUUCUGGAAAAAUUAUUUCACAUGAACACGCCCUACCCAAAAAUUUGGCUUUUAACCCCCUCCCCUCCCUUCUGAAAGUUCCAUUGUCCAACCCUUAGGGGAGGUAUGGAUAUUUUCUGGAAUUAUACAUUCCCCGUUGUGGAGUCCAGAUUCCUUGUCAAUGCAGGAACUUGGAUUAUGGAUUCCGAUCAUUAGCAACAUUCUGAAUUGCUUGAGCUGAAUUCCAGAUUCCACCAGAAAAAAAAUUUCCUGGAUUCCCAAUUAACAUUCAUUAAUGGUGUGAAAUCCUCUAAAUUAGCAUAUUUUACUAGCAUGUAGCCCAGUCUAAAUGGUUAGCAGUACAUGUAAUAGGCAGGACAACCAGAAUAACAGGCAGCAAAAGCCUAAACUUGGGUGCAGGUUUGCAUUUGAAAUUAUUAAACAUUAUUGUUGGUCGAGUAGGUAGCAAGUAUUCCACUGGAAGCAGCAAAGUUGCCCGCUGCCAGCUCAUUUUGGCUGGGCUGAGCAUGCAAAGAAAGUCAUGUUCGAUUAGCCUGGGGCUAGUGGUUGCUAUUCGGCUAGAGAAUUCUGUUCUAAAUUUACCCAAUGGGCAAGAGACAUGUUUUGUAGAAUUCGAAUUAUAAAAGAACUUUAAUCAACCCUUGCCUUGUUAUCAAAAAAAAAUUUUGGUGCUAGUUACUGAAUGACUCUUGGGCCAGUUCAUGAUUUGUAAAACUGACAAUCUUUGCACCAUUUUACCCUCUGUGAGUUCAAGUUUCAGAUAAUCAUUUAGUGUAAAGUAUUGUCAGUAUUGUGUUCAUACCUUGAUUACCUGAUAUGUGGCUGUGUAAAUUUACUCCAUUUGUCCCUCUCAGAUGCCAUUUUGAAACAUGAGUUUAGCAAUGAAUACAAAGCAGUGGACUGCCCCAGAAAUUACAUUGGUGUGUAAAAAAUUGACUUUGUACUCAGGCAAUGGCACCGUGCCCAAAUUCCAGUGUGGGUUCUUGAAAAAAGAGUGUGUUCACAUUAGUGCUCAGCCGGUGAAAUGCACGGGGACCAGGUAUGAAUGCUGCCGUAGUUAUCUUCUGUUUGUUGAUUAACAGAAAUGAAGAGAACUCACCCUGAAGCAUUUGGACAUGAACCAAGCAUGCCAAGCACAAGUGGCAGUGAGUCACAAUGUAUCAAUGUGAUGUUUUUAUGUGAAGAGUGGAUGUCCUCCAAGGGAGGUUUGCCUACUUUCAAUAGAGAAUUUGCAAUAAGUUUAGCCAAAAUAUCAAUUGGCGAGAUCAAAGUCCAUUGCUAUGUCUCUCGAAGUAGUGAAUCAGAUAGAGAAGACGCUAGAAAAAAUAAUGUAAAUUUAAUCACUGCAACAAGCAUACCUGGAACCUCAGAUCCCCUGGAUUGGCUUAUGGUUCCUCCAACAGAACUUUCACAUCCUGAUAUUGUGAUUGGCCACAGCAGGAAGUUUGGCAUCCCUGCCUGGUGCAUUGUAAAGACUACAAACUGCAAAUGGGUGCAAUUUGUGCAUGUGUUUUGUGAAGACCUUGGAAAAUACAAACAAGCGGAUGCAGAAAACACUGAUACAAUUGAAGACAAUGAGAAGAAGCAUAAAAGCGAAAUUGCACUCUGCAAAGCAGCCAAUGCUGUGGUUGCUGUAGGAACAAGAUUACAGCAAAAGUACAGUAGAUGUCUCCCAGACAGGGAGGUUCAUGUCAUUACACCUGGAAUUUCUGAAAAAUUUACUACCCUCUCGGAGCAAAAGGUUGGAAAAGUCACACAUGAUCAAGACGAGUUCCACAUCUUUGUCUUUGGUAGAGGAACUUUUGAGGACCUUUCUCUGAAAGGUUAUGAUGUUAUUGCUGAUGCAGUAGGUUCUCUUGGAGAGAAAUUUAAAAUGACAUUUGUUGGUUCACCUGAAGGUCAACAUAGAAAAAUAGAGGAUUGGUUACUACAGACAACAAGAAUAACACGUGAUCAAGUGACUAUUCGUGGAUACUGCGAUCAAGAAGAGCUGAAGACAAUGUUUCUCGAAGCAGACUUGGUCGCUCUUCCGUCUCCCACUGAAGGCUUUGGAUUGGUUGCCCUUGAAGCUAUUUCUGCAGGGGUUCCUGUUCUUGUUACUAGUAAAUCUGGCAUUGCUAAAGCUUUGGAGAAAGUGGAAGGUGGGCAUUUGGCAGUUGUAAAGUCAGGAAACCGGGAAGAGUGGCUCCAGAAGAUAACACAGCUCUCCAUGCAGAAUCCAGAUGAGAGAUGUGAUGGUGCGGUUCGUCUUAGGGAAGAGUAUCACAAGAUUUACUCUUGGGACACUCAGUGUGCAAAAUUCAAAGAAUUUGUGCAAAGUCUAACUGACAGGUCGGCCAGUGCAGCUGCAGUUGGAUCAAAUGGUAUGCAAUGUGAAAGGAUGUUUUUACAGUUUAACUACAGCAUUGUAACCAAGGCCACCUUUACAAAAUUUACCAAUUGGAUUACAAGUUGCCGGGUAAAAGCAAUUAGUAGGAGGGGAAUUGUCUAGCUUGAAAGUUCUUGGAUCAAUUUAGAUUUCCGAAAGCUGUACCCCCCUAUCCCUCCCCUGAUCAUGAGUCAACAUUAACACUUACUUCUCACUUAUGGCAAAAUGUUGGGUUAGGGAAGGGGUGGGUUGGCAGUUUCCCAGAAACCUAGAUUGAUCCAAGGUUUUUGGGUUCUAUUUUCCUUUUGUUUCCUAUAAGAGUAGCCAGAACUCACGCUCAUAGUAGCCGGGGAAAAUCCUGGCCCGCGGCUCUCAGCGACAGCUCUUAGUGCGAUUACAGAAAAAUGACAAUGCAUUCUGAGGAAGUGGUUUUUGGAGCUAAUCAGCUGCUCGUAAGAAAACAAAAAGCUAGGUCAAGCACAAAAAUAAUGUGAAUAUUAAUAGCGGAAGUUUAAUUUCUAAGAAAGCAAACUUUGUCACAAAACAAUGUUUUCUAUGUUUGUGGCUUUAAAUAUUACGCUUGCGAUUCAUAUUUAUUUGUCACAAUCAUAUUUCCUUGCUAACAUUGCUGCCCUUUUCAAAAAUUAAAGCAAUGUUUACGUUUUUCGCUACUAUCAAUCACUUUUAUGGACCUCUCAAGAAAUAUACCAGGUUCUCUUCAGCAGGUCACGUGUUAAGCUUGCAAUAUUUGGCAAAUUUCGAUUUGUUUCUUUCGUUUGUUGAUAACCUCCUAAAGUUCUUGGAAUUUAUUGCUAUUUUCCUUUAAACCAAUUGGUCAAUUUUGUCCGGGUGGCCUCGCAUGCAGUUAAGUUGCAUUGUGAUCAUAUCCCUUGUGUCCCUCCAGUUUAAUAUACAUUUAUGUACAGGUUCUCAAAAUGGGUAACUGUUAGUCUUUAUAAAAAAAAGUCUUUUGAUUAGGCUCAGAACGUUAAAAAUGAAAAAUGCAGUUGUUAGUAAUUUUUAUAUACCGGUAAAUUAAUUUGCGAUUGCAUUUGUUCUUAUUUUGAAACUAGUAAAACCUUGAACACCAGAAAAAUUGUAAGAAUGUUUGUUGUGUUAUGACCAAUCACAGCAAAGGUCAAGACAAUGCGGCAUGCGAGCAAUCCAGUAAACCAUGAGCUAAUUACCUUUGCUGUGUGGGGUUUAGUGUUCCCAUGCGUGAUAGGCUUGUCCCUUUGCAACGCAAUAACUUUCCAGAAAUACUUCUUGUGUUGAAGGUUUUGUGAAUUUCACAGUAAUAGCAAACAACGUUUUAAAAUUGUAACAAUAUUCAGUGACAAACUAGCUUGUUGGCUGGGUGAAAGCUCUGGGCGGGGGCAGCUGGGCUAAAACAAUAACUAUUAGGAUAUGAGAGAAUUGUUAGAUUUUAAGGUCUUCUUUCUUAUUGUGUAACUGAGGCCUUUGUUAUAAUCAUGGUUUAUUAUUAUUGAUAUAAAAUUAAACAAAAUAACUGGCCAUGAAUGAAUGCAAAAUGCAAAAAUAGUAGUAAACAGGUCACAAUAUUCUGGUACCUUAUGUCCAUAGGAAAACAAACUAUCUUAACUACUUGCACGGUAGUCUGGUUUGCUAGCUCAGUAUGAAAUACUGAGUCACUUGCUGUAUAAUUUUGAAGUGUAAUGUAAAUUGGGCUGUCAUCUAGUACUGUUAUAAAAUUUAUUGUUAUUUUAAUUGUAUGAAUGGUUCUGUUGUUUAGAUUCAGCAACAUUGGCUACAGGUGGUUCAUUGAAAGGCUUAAAGCAGAUGCCUUCUUUUUUUCUUGAUUCAAUGCAAGCUUCCAAAUUUGGAACAGUUGUCAUGGGUGGUAAGACAGCAGACGUAGACAACAGUGGGGAGGAGUGCCAACCAGCUGAAAUAAAGGAGUGGAAUUUGCUACACAGUGCAGCUGAGGGUGGUGAUGUAUCUAUCAUUGAAAUGAUGCUUUCCCUGGGGUUUGAUGUUAACUCAAAAGAUAGUUUAGGCACAACGCCAUUGAUGGUCGCUGCUGCUAAAGGCAAGAAGCAAGCUGUAGAUUUCCUCCUCACCAAGGGUGCAGAUCCAUCCUUAAGAACCUUGAUAGGAAGAAAUUUACUUCAUGCUGCUGUUGAAGGUGGUGACGUGUCCAUUGUGGAGACAGUGCUUUCACUUGGCAUUCCUGUUGACUCCACUGAUAAAGAUGGACUCACUCCAUCUAUGAUUGCGGUCUCUGUUCUCUCUAACAACAAGUUAGAGACCUUGGAGUUUCUCCUCCGCAAUGGUGCAGAUCCACUUUUGAAAAAUGAAAAUGGAAGAAAUGUUCUGUUUAUUUCGGCCCAAUAUGGUUGCACUGAUGUGAUACAGCGAUUGCUUUUGUUUGGUUUGGACAUUGAUUCACGAGAUGAUGAAGGUCACACAUCAUUAAUGUGUGCUGCAGCAUUAGCCAAGUCACAGGCUGUAAAUUGUUUUCUUGCAAAUGGUGCCGAUCCAACGCUGACAGCCAAUAACGGUUGGAGCCUCUUGCAUUUUGCUUGUCAAGGUGGCAAUACUACCAUCAUUGAAACUUUUCUCUCACGCGGACUUGAUGUUAAUAUUAAAGACACUUACAGAGGACUAACGCCUUUGGCAGUUUCCAUUUUGUACAAAAAACUGGAUGCCAUAAAGUAUCUUCUUCAGAAAGGGGCUGAUCCAUCACUGGAGCUUGGCAUAUUUCCAGUCAAUAUGAUACAGCUGAUUAUGAUCGCAAUGCAAUCAGCAUCUAGUAUUGACAUAAUAGAGGCCUGUCUUUCAAAUGGACUUGACAUCAACGUGCAAACCAGGGAAGGUCUGACACCUUUGAUGACUGCAGCUUAUUUGAACAACCCUGCAGUUCUAGAUUUUCUUCUUCUGAACGGUGCAGAUCCAUCUCUGAGAGAUAAUUCUGGGAGGAAUGUUUUGCACUAUGCUGCAGAGGGAGGUGCCAUCACUGUUAUUGAAAAGUGCCUUUCACGAGGACUUGACAUUGAGUCUAAAGACCAUGAGGGUAAGACACCCAUAAUGCUUGCAGCAUCUAGUGUCAAAACUGAAGCUGUGAAAUUCCUUCUACAGAGAAGUUUAAACAACCAGGGAAUCUAAUUUUUUUGCAGUCUCUUCCCUCGGGUGUGGCAUGUGCUGCUGUUAUUAUUUUCACCAUAUUCUCAUGUACUUUCUAUCCAGACUGAAUUAGAAUUUAUGAAAUGGAAAAUUCAUGAAAGGAAACGUGUAUAGGAUAGAUAAGUUGGAUUUUGUAUUUGUAUUUUUUGUAAUAGAUAUUUUCUCCAUUUUAUUUUCGAGUACAGCAACAAAGAGAUACCAGUUACAAGAAAAAUUGGGAAGGGCAAGAUACAGUAGAACUAGUUAUUUGCUAUGUUUGUAUUUGUAACAAUGACGCCCGGAUGGCCGUGUAAUAAACCAGAUUUAACUAUGAAAGAAACUACACUUCAUUCGGCCGCCAUGACACCCGGAAAGCAUGGCCCACACAAAUAUCCAUGAUCCUUUGCACGUUUACAGUAUCCGAGAACUUCCGCUAACACAACUUCCGGUAGACAAUACUAUCGAUACAUUAUAUCCCUUCCUUUCUUUAGAAACAAACAGACUACGAGAAAAAGUCAAUAAGGCAC